GCCACCUUCAAUGAACAGCAAGAUCUUUUUUGUCAGAAGUUGCAACAGUGUUGUGUACUCUUUGACUUCAUGGACUCUGUUUCAGACCUGAAAAGCAAAGAAAUUAAGAGAGCAACACUGAAUGAACUGGUUGAAUAUGUUUCAACGAAUCGUGGAGUGAUUGUUGAAUCAGCUUAUGCUGACAUAGUGAAAAUGAUUAGUUCUAAUAUUUUCAGAACACUUCCACCUAGCGAUAACCCAGAUUUUGAUCCAGAAGAAGAUGAACCAACUCUUGAAGCCUCAUGGCCCCACAUACAGUUGGUGUAUGAAUUUUUCCUGAGGUUUUUGGAGAGUCCGGAUUUUCAGCCUAGCAUUGCAAAGCGAUAUAUUGACCAGAAAUUUGUACAGCAGUUGCUGGAGCUCUUUGACAGUGAAGACCCACGAGAACGUGAUUUUCUAAAGACAGUUCUUCAUCGAAUUUAUGGAAAAUUCCUUGGUUUAAGAGCAUUCAUCAGGAAACAGAUUAACAACAUUUUCCUCAGGUUUAUAUAUGAAACGGAGCACUUCAAUGGUGUUGCUGAGCUUCUUGAGAUAUUAGGAAGUAUUAUCAAUGGUUUUGCACUGCCACUGAAAGCAGAACACAAACAGUUCCUUAUGAAAGUUCUGAUUCCCAUGCAUACUGCAAAGGGAUUAGCUUUGUUUCAUGCACAGCUCGCCUAUUGUGUUGUACAGUUCCUGGAAAAAGAUACAACUUUAACAGAGCCUGUAAUCAGAGGACUGCUCAAAUUCUGGCCAAAAACUUGCAGUCAGAAAGAGGUAAUGUUUUUAGGUGAAAUUGAAGAAAUCUUAGAUGUAAUAGAACCAACACAAUUCAAAAAAAUAGAAGAGCCUUUAUUUAAGCAAAUAUCCAAGUGUGUGUCCAGCUCACAUUUUCAGGUUGCAGAAAGAGCUUUGUACUUCUGGAAUAAUGAAUAUAUUCUUAGCCUGAUUGAGGAGAACAUUGAUAAAAUCCUACCAAUUAUGUUUGGCAGUUUAUACAAGAUCUCCAAAGAACACUGGAAUCCAACCAUUGUGGCCCUGGUAUACAAUGUGCUGAAGACCCUGAUGGAGAUGAACGGCAAGCUUUUCGAUGAACUCACAAGCUCAUAUAAAGCAGAAAGGCAAAGAGAGAAGAAGAAAGAAUUGGAACGUGAGGAGCUGUGGAGGAAGCUGGAGGAGUUAAAGCUAAAGAAGGCCAUGGCAGAAAAGCAGACCAGCGCCCACACUGUGCUGAAUGCACACAAUACAGGUGCCAAAUAAAAGAAACGACCACCUCCCCUUGGCAGACACAACUUUUUUGUACCCUUUUGAAAUAGAUAAGGAUUUGCAAAAGAAACCUCAUCAGUAUAUAAGAGAAACGGACAAUUUUUUUCUCUGGCAAAUGUAAAGUUUUGAAUUUAAAUACAGCAGAUAAGCGAUGUCAUUACCACAGCAUAUUGUAAAUUUGUCUAAUUACUGAUAUACUGUCACUUCCAACGUUUCAUAGAACUGAAUUAUCAUCCUUAAUGAGUGAAAUAAUUACGGGAGUGGUGAGAAUUAUGACUUGAAUUUUUGAUUGUGUUGCACAUAGGUGGUAUAGUUUGCUAUGUACAUUUUUUUCUUGUUUUAUAUGUGCGUUUCACAUCGCUGCAUACUUUGGAUAAGACUAUAGAAAAGGCUUCUAGUUGUGCUGUAUUUUCUCAAAUAAAACCGAGGUACGUUACCAGUAACUUGAGAUAUUCAGUAUGGGCCCCGUACAGCACUGAAAGAAAGGCGGAUGGGGUGCUGUCCUUGAAUUCCGAUUUGGAUUUAGCUUUACGUAAUGCUCCCAUUAGAAUGAGGCAAAGCAGGGAGAGAAAGUUGGCUCGAAGAGGUUGGGGUGGUCCUGGCGCCUGACCUACCACUUGCUGAGCGCCUCUGCCCUGUGCUGGCUGCCUCUUGGUCCUGGGCUGCUUAGAGAUUUCCUCCUGCUACAGCUGAGGAUGGAGCUUCCUCCCGAGAGCCCAUCAAUGAUGCUCCUCAUCAGCCCACGGACUCCCUGCAGGGUAGUGCAGGUCUCCUAGAGACUGCCUUGGAUGUUUCUGCAUUAGUUUUAGCAUCUCAUAGACUGAAGAAUGAGACCAAAAUUAGGGUUACUUUUUUUUUUUAGUGAGGAGGGCAGGAUGUCACUAAAUAGUUCCUUGUUUUAUUUAAAGAAAAUGCAGUCUGUUUCUUAAAGGUGGAAAGUUGACAAUAGAAGUCUUGUCUGUUUACUUGAUAAAGUAUUUUUCACAUCUUUUAUCAGAGUACCAUUCCAAUCUCUUAAAUUGCAGUUGUGUGGAAAACUUUUGUAAUGAAAGAUCUUUGGGGAAUUGCGCAGCAUUCAAUAAAGUCUUUAUGUUUGUA